CUCAUUAGCUCCACAGCAAUGAGUCCUCCACUGCUGAAGCUUGGCGCUGUGCUUAGUACCAUGGCAAUGAUCUCAAACUGGAUGUCCCAAACUCUCCCAUCCUUGGUAGGACUGAACACCACGAAGAUGUCGACGCCAGAUACCUUAACCCAGAUUAGUCCCAAAGAAGGGUGGCAAGUGUACAGUUCAGCACAAGACCCUGAUGGACGAUGCAUUUGCACAGUGGUGGCUCCAGAACAAAACCUGUGUUCCAGGGAUGCCAAAAGCAGACAGCUUCGCCAACUUCUGGAAAAGGUUCAGAACAUGUCCCAGUCUAUUGAAGUCUUAAACUUGAGAACUCAGAGAGAUUUCCAGUAUGUUCUAAAAAUGGAAACCCAAAUGAAAGGGCUGAAGGCCAAGUUUCGGCAGAUUGAAGAUGAUCGGAAGACACUAAUGACCAAGCAUUUUCAAGAGUUGAAAGAGAAGAUGGAUGAACUCCUGCCCUUGAUCCCAGUGCUAGAACAGUACAAAACAGAUGCCAAGUUAAUCACCCAAUUUAAAGAGGAAAUCCGGAAUCUGUCUGCCGUCCUCACUGGGAUUCAAGAGGAAAUCGGUGCCUAUGACUAUGAGGAACUGCACCAGAGGGUGCUUAGCCUAGAGACCAGGCUUCGCGACUGCAUGAAAAAGCUGACAUGUGGCAAAUUGAUGAAAAUCACAGGCCCAAUUACAGUCAAGACAUCUGGAACCCGAUUUGGUGCUUGGAUGACAGAUCCUUUAGCAUCUGAAAAAAAUAACCGAGUCUGGUACAUGGACAGUUAUACUAACAAUAAAAUUGUUCGUGAGUACAAAUCAAUUGCAGACUUUGUCAGUGGGGCUGAAUCAAGGACAUACAACCUCCCUUUCAAAUGGGCGGGAACUAACCAUGUUGUCUACAACGGCUCACUCUAUUUUAACAAGUAUCAGAGUAACAUCAUCAUCAAAUACAGCUUUGAUAUGGGGAGAGUGCUUGCCCAACGAAGUCUGGAGUAUGCUGGUUUUCACAAUGUUUACCCCUAUACAUGGGGUGGAUUCUCUGAUAUCGACCUAAUGGCUGAUGAAAUUGGGUUGUGGGCUGUGUAUGCAACUAACCAGAAUGCAGGCAAUAUUGUCAUCAGUCAACUUAACCAAGAUACCCUGGAGGUGAUGAAGAGCUGGAGCACUGGCUAUCCUAAAAGAAGUGCAGGGGAAUCUUUUAUGAUUUGUGGGACACUAUAUGUCACCAACUCCCACUUAACUGGAGCCAAGGUGUAUUAUUCAUAUUCCACCAAAACCUCUACAUAUGAGUACACGGACAUUCCUUUUCAUAACCAAUACUUUCACAUAUCCAUGCUUGACUACAAUGCAAGAGAUAGAGCUCUUUAUGCCUGGAACAACGGUCACCAGGUCCUGUUCAAUGUCACACUUUUCCACAUCAUUAAGACUGAGGAUGACACAUAAGCAAAUGUAAUUUGUUUUCAUUUAUCUAAACAGUGUCAUUUGUGAUAAACUCUUUAGAAUCCCUUCUGUUGUUCCUUUAUUAGAACUCCUCAUCAUUUCUCCAAAGCAUUUUUUUAUUAUCAAGUUGGUUUUUCAAAAAUACAGCUGAGCCUGUCUAAAUCAGCCUGUUGGAAACACAUCUUAACUCCUAAAUUUACAGGGCCUAUCAUGUCCUUGUCAUGAAAAGCACUAAAAAGAGUUUAAAUGGCUAAAGUCAUAGUUUUGCAAAAGAUUAAUGAUCUGCCUUAUAUUAGAGUCAGAGACUAAUGAUGGCUUAAAUGCAUGAAUGUCUUUUUUUUUUUUUUUAUCGUCAUUUUUUUACUGUCUUUUGCUCUACAUCAGGAAAUAUUUUGGUAGGAAUUAGGGGAAAAAAAGCACUUUCCUCCCAUUUCUAAAAAAGAUUUAAGGAUUUUAUUUAUAUGGAAAAAUUAUAGUACUCAUUUUGCUGUUCUAGAAUUCUCUGAUGCGGUGCUGUACAGUCAUUUUUAAAUCUCUUGCUAACAUUUUAUUGGCAAUAUGUAUUUCUACCAUUGCAACCACCAUUGUGCAAUUGUAUCUCUUCACUUCUGUGAAAGUAAGUAAUAUUUUUUAUAAAAUACACUGAAGUUUAAUCUCAGUAAUUAUUAUGGGCCAAUUUUCAAGUGUGGUCAAGAAGGAAACAUCUUCAACUUAACCCUUUAUUUAAAACUAUAAACCAGAAGAAAAAAAAAUCAAACUAAAUCCCUUACAUAGAAUAUUUAUAUUACCCCAGGUUUAUCACACUAACACUGAACGCUAAAACUGAUUCCGUAAGGAUGAGUUACUCUGUUCACUGCACUGAAAGCAACCCUUAUUGUCGCUCGCAAAAAAUGCAACAGAGUCAGAAAAUUUGGAUUUGACUGGAUUUUACUCAUUUAUGAUUCAACUAAACAAAUUUUGUUCUUCCUAAUAUAUAGUGUUGUAACUUAAGUUUUUACACACAACUUGCAACUUGUGUCAGGAAUCUGAAAGUACAUGAAGCACAUAAAAAAGACUCUUAGAAAGAAUCUUCCUGUGAUGUCAUCUAGAUUUACAUUAUGAGCUGUAGAGGGUUACUGGCAAUAUCAGUGUGAAAGAAAAUAGCAAGACUUGGAAGUUGUCUGUGCGGUUUAAAUGUACAAAAAAACAAUUCAGAAAACAAGAUGAGAAAGCAACCCUUUGUUACC